AUGUCUUCGCGACGAUACGACGAGUGCGAGCUCAAUUACGACAACCAUGACACCAAUAUCUGGUAUUGCGUCGAUUGUGAUAGUUGUCUGUGCGAGUCUUGUUGGAUACUCUAUCCACCACAUACUGGUAAUAAGAAGGGACGAGAUGGGCUGGAGCACGAGAAGACGUUGCAUCACGUAUAUUCACGAUUGAAAGAUAUCUUGAACCCAAAUCAUAACGCAGCACAGCUUGAAGAAAUUCACAAUCGCGAUCUAGAUACGACAUGGUUUGGCAUUAGGAAAGAUGGCUAUAGUCGUUCACUAUUCGCUGAUUUCGACGUAUACUCCAAUCUGACUGGCGAGCCGCUGGAUGACGACAAAGAGAAAUUCCCACAGUUAGCAUCAUUCAUAGGUCAAACAAAUGCCGGCAAAAGCACGUUAAUCAAAAUGCUCACUCAACUACAUGAGCCGAGCGAGAACGUAAACGACGUACCUACCUUCCCUUCGCCGAUUGUUGGUUCAACCAUCCACACUCACACACCCACUUCCGCCGAUGUGCAUUUGUAUGCAGAUCCUGAGCGGUUCGGGACGUCAAAACCGUUAUUAUAUGCAGAUUGCGAGGGAUUCAAUGCGGGGGAGAAGUUGCCGUUUGGAGCUGUUGAGAACCGCACGUCUCCUGUCGACGGCUCCACAUCACUUUCGCGACUGACGCCAGGCCGUACUAGAAUACUGAGUUGGGCCGACACGAAGACGAAGAACACUAGAGCCUACAUCGUCAAAGAGCUUUACCCACGGAUAUUGUACACCUUUUCAGAUGUUGUUGUAUUUGUUCUACGCGACUCAAAGACGUUUGAAGCCACUACUCUUCUACCUUUGCUGGAGUGGGGUAUAGCUUCUCUGGAAAUGUCGAUAAAUCAGCCUACUCUUCCCCAUGCAAUCAUUGCACUGAACAGCACAGAAGUGGGAGUGUACACCGAUGAGUGGGACAGCCGGAGGGCGACAGAGAACCUCUUGGACGCUAACAAAGACUGCUUAGAUCGACGCAAUGGUCAUCCAUUUUUCCUUGACCUAGCAGAGCAAUGGGAAACACGAGGAAGGCACAUCGGCAGUAUCCUCGAUCUGAUCUCCUGCUACUAUUCCACUUUCAAGGUCGUACGAAUUCCAUACAAGGGACGUUACACACUCCUCGAUGCCCAAAUUCGACUUCUUCACAAGAUGAUUGCCAAAGCGUGCGAUCGAUCAUCUCAAACCAAGCGAUCCGCGAAUAUGCUUUCCAACUCAGACGAACUCAACGUGUAUCUUCGGGCUGCUUUUGAACACUUCUCGAAUACCCUUGACAGGCCAUUCAACUUUAUGACGGUUUCCUUGCAGAACAACCCAAUUCCAGACGAUUUCGGCGGUCAUAUACUCCAGCUUGCAAUUGCGAUACAAUCAAAUGGACGUCAUAACAAGAGUGCCUGGAUAUUUGAGAACCUCAGUGAACUUGUUGCUUCUAGUGUCAUGCUUGAUUGUAUUCGACAUCGAAAGGGGCUUCCAGAAGAACUAUUUGUGGAGUACGAAGACUACUGUUGGUAUGCUCUCAAACAGUUCUGCGACCGUUACUCUCCCUGCAGUUUUCGGACGGAGAUAGACCGAUGCGUCAACGUAGCUUCGAAGCACAACCCUAAAGGGCAUCAGAAUGCUAGGGGGAAGAUCAUUGCAGUUGGCCAAUUUCAAUCGAACUUCCACCCCGAUCGAUACUUCCCAACAUGGCGGGAACUGAUCAAAGAGGCCAUCAGCUGGAUGCAUCGAGACCUACAGAGUGAGUUCCGUGCGAAGCCCGAUCGUUCCGAGGAAGCGUGUCUUCUCGGAAUCCAUAGUAAGAACAUGAAUUUGCUUUACGACACGAUAGGGUCUGCAGAAGAUUUUCUAAGUCAUACCACUUGCUUUUGCUGUCUCAUGCAGGCACCACAGCACACACUUCCAUGUAGUCAUGCGUUGUGCAGCCAGUGUGUGCGGUCAUAUGGGAAGAGACUUCGUUCAGCACCAAGCAACAAGCAUGUACUCAGUUUGGAAUGUUGCCCGUUACAUCCGGCCUCGACGCAAUGGCCGACUCCAUGCAUCAUCCGGUUUAAGCCUGAUCAUGCGGGCGUCCGCUUAUUGUGUCUGGAUGGAGGUGGUAUGCGCGGAAUUGUUGAGCUCGAGGUACUCCGUGCCAUUCGGAAUCAGCUUGGGAUUCAGAUUCCUAUCCAGGCUUUCUUCGAUCUUAUCGUCGGGACCAGCACAGGUGGAAUCAUUGCUCUCGCGUUGGGUGUUAAGAACUGGAGUCUUGAACAUUGCACUUACCAGUUCAAGAGCCUCUGCUCCAGUGCAUUCACACCUCGGAAAGGGCAAAGCGUUCCAAUCUUGAAGCACAUAAUUGCUUUCAAACAUGCAGCAAAGUACGAAACAACACCCUUGAGAAAUGCGUUGAAAGCAGCUUUCGGGUCAGAAGAACGUCUUUUUGGGAACAACAAGAAAGACAUUCGAGCUAAGGUCGCAGUAACCGCCACAGACGGAGCAGGAAAACGGGCCAUCGUCAUCGCAAACUACAACCGAAAAAACAAAGGCGUCGGUCGACGCAGAGCGGCUACCUCGGCUGCUCCACCUUACUUCAAGCCCUUUGAGCACGCGCCUAGCAAGCGAACCUAUCUCGAUGGUGCUGUAUAUCACAAUAACCCUGUUCUACUGGUACACCGGGAACGGAAACUGUUGUGGCCGGACGUUGCACACAAAGGUCCGGAUAUCUUCCUGUCAAUCGGUACCAGCCAAAAUAAAGCCGAAGUGAGGAGCAGCCUUCCUACCAAUCCCACUUUAUCUCGUACUUCAAGACGGAAAACUGCUGCUAACCACGAAGAAUCUCAAAAGAGAAGAAACUUCAUGUUUCCCAAGAUGCGUCAGAUGAUUACAGCUAUGCAUAAUCGCAUAGACAGUAUCCUAAACGCCGAACUUAUGUGGAGAGACUUUUGUUCGGAUGUUGUUGACCUUGACGGAAGUGCGGACGAUGAGUUGCGUCACAUACGCAUCAACCCGGACAUCAAACGUAACCCGCCAAGUUUGGAUAAAGUAAAUGAGUUGGAGGAGCUACGACGUAAUACGAAACAUGCCUUGAAGCUUCCAGAUGCUCUCUACAACAUCGAGAGGGUAGCACACAUAUUGGUCGCAAGUUCCUUCUACUAUGAAAGGAUAGGGAUGCCGAAGUUCGAGGCCGACAAUACAUUCUCAUGCACUGGCCAGCUUUGUUGUAGAUUUGAAGAUGGCUCAGACUAUCUUCGUGAACUCGGUGAAUAUUUCCGGAAACAACAAACUGGCCCCUUUUUCCGCCCGUAUUUCGAGAUUGAGAGUGACAGGGCAUUGGAUGCUGUUCCGAUAUCUCGCGCCGAAGUAUCGGACAUGUGUGAUCUUGCGCAAUUCAGCGUGGAAGUACCUGACAUCUCAGCGCGAAGGAAGGACGCGGACAUCACAAUCUCGUUGUACCUUUGUAGCCCACACUUGAAAUGCUCCAAAUACCCUAUCAGUGGCUUUCCGAGGGCAAUUAUGCAGGACAUUCAAAUAAAACGUGAGUAUUUGAGGUGGUAUGCUCUGCUUGUGACGAGUGGUUAA